AUGAAGAAAGUUCUUGCUGUCGGCGAGGGCAGCGCUGCUGCUAUGGUUCAAGGUGAUGGGCAGCCUUGGUUAGAUGCUCUAAAGCGUUUGGUGCUUAUUCUGCAGCGCACGGAGGUGCAAGUUUUUAAAGAGGAUUCUUUCUCUUGGUCUUUGACUUCGAAUGGUAUUUUUUCGGUGAAGUCGUGCUAUGAUCGUUUUAUGGCAAUCCUUUCCGGAAACCCAAUGGAGGCAAUUAAGGUUAAAGCUUUGUCUCAUCUUUGGAAGUGUUUAGCCCCAUCUAGAAUUUUAUUUUUUGGUUGGAGAUUUAUCCUUGAUAGAAUAGCUACUAGAGAUCAAUUGGUGAGAAGGGGUAUUUUGCAAGAAGGUAAUGAUUCUUUAUGUGCUCUUUGUUUGUUGGAGGAGGAAUCUAUUGAGCACUUAUCUUACUAUUGUAGAGUUACUUCUAGCAUUUGGAGAAGAGUUUACAUGUGGCUAGACUUAGCGGAGUUUAUGAUUAUUGAGGAUUUUGUGGCUUUCUUCCUUAAUUGUGAUAAAAUCAUUUGCUUGAAUAAGAGGGCGAUAGUGGCAAUAGUUUGGCUUGCUACGGUUUGGUCUAUAUGGCUAAAGCGUAAUGCGGUGAUUUUUAAGCAAGAAUCUUUUAGUUUUUCCGAAUGUAUGUCGGAGAUAGUUUCAAAUUCAUGGUAUUGGCUUUGUAACUCUUAUAAGAAGGUGAACCUUUGUAAUUACUACUAUUGGAAUAUUCUACCUCUUAAGUGUUUUGAGAGGUAG